ACCUCGUUAAAGCGAAGAAUUUUCCAAUUAAGUUUUACGAGAAAAUGCUCAAGAUAUAAGGGGAGACAAUUUGCCGCAGAGUUCAUCAUCGGCCCUCAAACCAUGAAGUGGAUCACGUUGUUCCUGUUCUAUUUGCACUCCUUGCAGUGCCAAGCCAACGAUCAUGCCACCGCCACAAUCAACCACAGACAGUUCUCGUCACAGGUCCAUCUCGACGCUGCCACCGGGUUGCCAACGCUGCACAAAUCCGACUGCGAGUGUCUCACCAAAAUUCACCUCGUGACCACCCGCACCGCCGUGGAACCCCAGCAAGUCCCGCCUCUCGGAUUGUGCCGCUGCCAGGAGUGCGAGGCGCACGAGCUUGACGAGCAGGGAAACCCCAAAUUCAACUGCCACGAGCGUCACGUGCCGGAAAAGCUCGUUAUGCGACGAUUGAACCGACACAAGCGGGCCUUCAGCUGGGAGGACAUUAUCGGGAAGAUUUCGCUGAUGGGGAGUAUCGACAAUCAGUACAGCAAGAAGACGCAAGGGUACUUCCACUACAAUUACGGAACUUCGGAUAGUCCGGGUGAGGCAGGGGUGAAGCCAACGACGGCAAAGCCGGCUACGACGACGACUAAGCUGCCUGAGACGACCCCGCCGGAGUAGUGGAAAUUUAUGGAGGAAAAGAACAAUGAAACAUUAAACUAGCAAUGUGUUCUAUUUUAAGUAUGGCGAUAAAAAAUAAAGUGGUUUAAUGGUGUGAAAUUGCCAAGAAUGCAAAAUAAGCAUUUAAAUUCCAGAGAAAUAUUCCAUUUCAGUUAAAAAAAAUAACUAUUUUGUAGAUUAUUUAAAAAAUGUAAAACUGUAAAGUAUCCAAAAUUACCGAGUUCAUAUUUUUGCUUACUGGCUGAUUCUAUGAAAAAAUAAUGUAAAUUCCAAGGUUGUAAAUUGAUAAAAUUAUCGUCGAUAAUAUUAGCGUCUAAUAGAGGUGGGCAAAUAAAGAGCGAGCCGCUCAAAGAGCCGGUUCAUUAAAAAGAGCGAACGAA